CUUCCCUCGGCUUGCCCUGCCGCCCCCCUCCCCCGCACACCCCGGUCCCGGUGCCAGUCCCGGGGGAUGUAGGAAGACGCGCGGCCGAAGGUACCCGGGCAGCGCCGCCGCCACGUCACCCGGUGCGGCCGCCUAUCGCCUGCAAGGGCGGGCGCAGCAGCCUCCGCGGCUGUGUGGCUGCAGGCGUUCCUCGGGGAGACCGGGAAGGGGCACGGCUGCUCCCCGCGUGCCCCCCGCCGGCGGUCCCGCCCGGCUCUCCGUGCCUUUAGCGUGUGCCUGCCCGUCCCGCGGGGCCAUGGAGCGCGCGUUCACGCCGCUGGAAUGCCUCCUGCCCGCCGGGAACCUGAAGUUUUGCCUUCUGAUUCUGAACCAGCCUUUCAACAAAGGUCAUUUUCAUUGUCUGUGGAGCAGAGCUGCCCUGAGAGCUUGUGCUGAUGGAGGUGCCAAUCGUCUCUACCACAUCACUGAAGGGAGCCAGGAAAGCUUCUUGCCUGACUACAUCAGUGGUGAUUUUGAUUCCAUUCAGCCUGAAGUCAAGGAGUACUACAAAGUCAAGGGAUGUGAGUUAAUUGAGACCAUGGAUCAGGACCUCACAGAUUUCACAAAGUGCCUUCAAAUACUCCAGAAGAAGAUAGAGAAGAAGGGCCUCCAGAUCGAUGUGAUUGUGACUUUGGGCGGACUUGGAGGACGGUUUGACCAAACAAUGGCAUCAGUAGAAACCCUUUUUCAUGCAACAAAUAUCACUCCUUCUCCAGUGAUAGUUAUCCAGGAGUGCUCACUGAUUUACCUGCUUCAACCUGGCAAGCACAAGCUGCAUGUGGACACAGGACUGGAGGGCUCCUGGUGUGGCCUCAUCCCCAUUGGGAACCCCUGCGAGAAUGUGACCACGACAGGACUUAAGUGGAACCUCACUAACCAGGUGCUGAAGUUUGGAACACUCGUCAGUACUUCCAACACCUAUGACAACUCCGGGACUGUGACCAUUGAGACAGACAAACCUUUGCUGUGGACAAUGGCUAUCAAGAGAUAAGAUCAGCUACAGCUGCAUUUCCUGAUCUGACACAACUCAAAUUACUACAAAAUUUCACUGAAUUAAGAUGGUAAAGCUGUUGCAAGAUAUAAGCAGGCAAUGAUUUUCUGUACUGAAUGGAAAAGAAGUCUGAAAUAGAAGUCACUUGAGAUUGAAUCAAAA